AUGUACCAAGAUAACGAGGACUCCUUUAGUAAGGAUCGUUACUGGUUAGUCUCAGGUAAUGUUUCCAGCCCUAUGAAACCAUCACGGACAGGCAGUUCAAGGGCCGAUGUGGGCAUUCCAGUGGAGUUCAACUCUCGAGCUGCCAAAAACAUGCUGUAUUCGGAAAAAAUUAAUUACUGGUUGCAAAAUAUUCCGUGGUUCCAGACAGAUCAUAAUGUCUGGAUGCUGGAUUGCUAUCCUGGGAUAGUGUCAUCCAGUAGCUCAUCCAAUGAGCUCGAAAGCAUUUGUGAUGAAGAUCAAGAUAAAGUGGAGUAUCAAUGUCGACAGGUCACAAAGCUAGUGACUCGCCAAUAUUACACUGAAAGUCAAGAUGUGGCAAGGCCAUGCACAAGCACUUCAGCCAAUGCAACUGAAAGUGAAAUUGUAUACACGGAAGAUGAAUAUUUGUUUGGGGAAGUCACUGCUGGAUAUGUCUGA